AUGGUUGCAAUGGUUUUACAACUGGGGGCAAUACAUCUAUCAAUGGGACAACAGUCCCCACUUCACAUACAGAGCGACUACUCAUCUUUGGAGCGACAACUCAAGUCCAUAGAGCUACAACUCCUCACGUAUGGGCGACAACCCAUUUGCACCUUCCCAGAGCGACAACUCUUCUUCAGGGAGCUACAACUCCCAACAAGUAUGGGCGACAACCCGAUUCUCGACUCUCAGAGCGACAACUCUAUACCGGCUGAGCUACAACUCAUUUUUAUGGAGCUACAACUCCUUCCGGCUGGGCGGCAACCCAAUCUUCAUUUCACAGAGCGACAACUCUAUACCGGUUGA